AUGGUUGGAGGGGUGUGUUUCAGGAUAUUUUGUCAAAGCCUUCAAACUGACAUCAUCAGAAAAGGAAAGCCAUUCAAAAGCGGAAGUAAAUGUUCAGAUUUUGAUUAAAGAUUACAAAGACAAUUUUUUUUUCCAGCGGAUUAACUUUUACAGAUAAAUUCAAGACUAGCAAUGUGCGCUAGUAAAUAAUGCGGACUUUAACAAUGUUGGCGCUGGUUGUUGUUCAUGACUGGGGGUUGAAGCAACUCCAAUAACAUUAUAUUUAUCCAAUUGAACGCGAAUUUUAGCGGGGGGAACCCCGGCAAAAAACAAACAAACUAUAAUUUACCCCCAGAACAUUUUUUAACUGGGGACCCCCUCGAAAUGCGACUGGGCUGGUUUUGGGCUAGGUAGUGAUUGGGCGGGUUUUCUUAUGAAAACCUGGCAACCCUGACUCCACCCGACAUGCAGCAACAACACCAAUUCAAUGCACCGCAUUAUUAAACACAUUCUUAUGGAACAUUUUCAAGACAAUUAUUAGAUCUUUUAGAACAUCAAGUGAAUAUUUUGAACGCGCUGCCUACAAACGAAUACAGUGGAAGCUUCGAACAAACGAAGAGGACAACUGAAUUACGGCGAAAGAACAUCAUUAAUAAAACGGUGUCAUCAUCAUGGAGGGUCUCUCUCGUGCUAACAGUCUCUUCGCUCUGGAUCUCUAUCGGACUCUGAGCGAGAGCAACGCUGAGGGAAACAUGUUCUUUUCUCCACUGAGCAUCAGCGCCGCGCUCAGCAUGGUCUACUUGGGAGCCCGAGGAGACACUGCCAAAGAAAUGGAAAAGGUUUUGUCCUUCAGUUCUGUCUCUGAUGUUCACUCUCAUUUUGAGACCCUCAUCUCAACUAUCAACAGACCAUCGGCCUCCUACAUCCUCAAACUGGCCAACCGCCUCUACGGAGAGAAAACCUUCAACUUCUUACCUGAGUAUUUGGACUCCACUCUGAAGCUGUACCACGCUGACCUUCAGGCUGUGGACUUCAUUGGAGCAUCUGACGAGUCACGCCAGCUCAUUAACAAAUGGGUGGAAGAGCAGACAGAGAAUAAAAUUAAAGAUCUUCUUCAGCCGGGUGUGAUAAAUGGGCUGACCCGACUAGUUCUGGUUAAUGCCAUCUACUUCAAAGGGACCUGGAUGCACACAUUUGAAGCAUUAAACACUAGAGAAAUGCCAUUUAAAAUAAACCAGAAUGAGAGCCGGCCUGUGCAAAUGAUGUACCAGAAAGAAAUAUUUCCCUUCAGAUACAUCCCAGAGUAUGAACUGCAGGUGCUGGAGUUACCAUAUGAACAGGAGGAGCUCAGCAUGUUGAUCCUUCUUCCAAACGAAACUCAGGAUGGCUCUGACCCUCUUCUGAAGCUGGAGAGCAAGUUGACCCUUGACAAGCUGCUUGACUGGACCGAAAAAGACAAAAUGGCCAUGCAGAUGGAUAUUGAAGUCCAUUUGCCAAAGUUCAAGUUGGAAGUUGGGAGCUCCCUAUCAGAAAUACUGCAAAAGAUGGGUAUGAGCUCUGUGUUCCAGGAAACAAAGGCUGAUCUGACAGGCAUGAGCAGUCAGAGUGGGCUCUUCAUUUCAGCAGUGAUCCACAAAGCUUUUAUUGAGGUGAAUGAGGAAGGCACAGAGGCGGCAGCAGCCACUGCAGUCAUUGUAGAGUGUUGUGACUGUUAUGUCCCGUUUCAACGUUUCACAGCAGAUCACCCCUUCCUGUUCUUCAUCAGGCACAACCCCACUAACAGCAUCCUCUUCCUUGGCCGAUUCAGAGGUCCAUCCUAGAAAUGCAUUUUUUUCUGUUACAAAUGAAGAAAAUAGUGAUUCUUUGAAUGUUUAUUAAAUAAAUAUAUCACACCAUA